CAGUUUUACAAGCUGUCCAAAAGGUUUGAAUUGUUUUACACUGGUACUAAUAUUAUAAAAUAUUCAUUUUGCAGAACCGGUUCGAAGGGAAGAUGUUGCUGACUGGGCAAAGCAGGAAGCAGAAUGGACAGGAGGAUUGCAUAACCCAGUUGAAGAACCCUCUUGGAGACAUGGCUAUGUAGUCUGCCUUAAAAUGUUCUAUGAAAUCCGCUCAAAAUGGGAGCAAGCAUCUGACCCUGAUAAACUUCAGCAACUUUAUGGACAGUUGACCAGAUUAGAAGGAGUUUUGUCAUAUUUGGAGCACAGAAAUGGCAUUACUCAGCGUUGGACUACUGCUUGUGAAGAAUAUCGGAUGGCUCGAGAUGCUGCCUAUGACCGAAGCAAAAGGGUUGCUUUAGUGAAACUGCAUACAAAGGUUGUAGAACGGUGGUUCUUGUUGUGCUUGAAGGCGAAAUAUGCUGGCAAGUAUUUGACCCAAAUUUAUGUAUUUAAAAAGCCGGAGCGAUUUGAGAGUCAUGAAAACUGGUAUCCGGUGUGAUUGUUUGUGUGCAAGGAGAUACGUGAAGUAAGAGCGGACCUGCCUCUUUUGCUAAUCUCGAGAAGUUCCUGUGAAACGUAUGUUAAACUCACAAACUUUAAUUAUCAACAUGUAUUUUCAGGGCCGUAAUGAAAACCGCCGUUGGCGAGGGGGUUCCCUGGUUAAAAAUUGCUGUUACUAUUAUUGUUAUGAUUGUUAUCAUUAUUAUCAUUAUUAUUAUUACUAUUAUUAUUAUUAUUAUUAUUAU